AUGACUGGGUUCUUUGAAAGGAUGACAUACAUAUUUGAGACUCUCAGGUUUUCAAAGGGUGAAGAGCAAAACAUGGCAUCUCUACUUCUGCACUGCGCACAGCUGAGCAAUGGCAUCUGGCACAUCCUGUGUAUUAAACAGAUUGUGCCAUUGAUGAAAAAGAUGGAUUAAAACUCUGCAUGUGAUCCCAUGGUUAGCGUUGAUAUUUUGGGAGAGACAUACUUUACACUGGGGGUGAAGGGUCCUUUGAGAAAAAGCGUUAGCAAGGUGAUGCACAGCUUACUGAUGGCCAUUAAAAUUUCAAUGGUGUUUGUACAGAAAUUACAUAAAAAUAUCCAAGGAAGUUUGUGGAAACACCGUGAGUCUCUUGUAUGGCAAAGUAUGUGUAGUUUACUGAAAAACUCCACAAACUUCCUAAUGGAUGAGCAACUCCUGCAAACAGUUCAGACUACUGCAGCUGCAGUUAUUCUGUUUACUAAAUCUAUGAACUCCCUCACUUGGUUCUUCUGUCAUGGAACACUGACUAUGCUGGAAUGGAAGAACAGCAGCAUGGGUGAAAAUGGAGUGAAACUAUUAUUAGAUAUCACAUCAGUAGUCCUUGAGUUCAGAUUUAGAAUCCUUGCUAUUUGGACUAAUUCAGCAUUGACUGCUCUUAUUUCAGGCUCCCCAGAUCUAAAAAUCAAACGUAAUGGGAACUCAGAUGUGAUUGGGAAGCUGCUAGAAUACAUUUAUACACAGUGGGAACAACCUCUGGAUGCUGUUAGACACAAAUUGAUGUUCAUAAAUCUUCUUCAGGUAUACUGAACCACCAUUACUGGAUCUGAUGAAAAAUCAGAUCCAUUGUUUGCAAGGCCGAUGAAGCAUUUACUAAGUUUGGAAUUACAUGUCAAAGGGAAAUACCUUUCUCCUGGCUGUCUUGUGGAGUGUGUGGGCACUGAAAAUAUACUACAAUUGGACAGAACAAUUCCAGUACAAAUCCUAGAUGUGAUGAAUGAUCAGUCUCUUGCUAUCACUAUCCUAGACAGUGAUACUUAGGAUCACUGUCCUAGUGAUCUUUUGGGCACCGUGUUUAUAAAUCAUAAAGCCUAUUUUACUUUGAGUUUUCAAGAAAGCACUUGCACUGACCAGUGGCAUGACAUCUGGGUUUCUCUUCUAGUAAUAUUGUGUGAGGGGAACCAUGACCAAAGUGCUUACAUGAUAGAUUACUAUUUACCAAAAUUGCUCAAACCUAGCCCUGACAGUCUCAGCUACAUGAUUAGAAUUCUUCAGGUUUCUCCAGAUGCUAAUCUAGGUAAGAAAUGGUUUUCAUUUUCCAUAGGCUCUUGCAGUACUAGAGGAGCUCUUGGAGCAUUAAUGACAUGCCUAAGGACAACCAGGGCUCACAGACACCUGGAACUUUCAAAUAUCACGAGGAACGGUUUCAUAUCCACUGAAUGUAUAAAACAGGUUUUCAUUGAUGCCAUAGGUUCACUAUGUGAAACCUAUUGUAGCACAGAAAUUGUGUCUGUGGAAGAAAUGCAACUGUUUUGGUUUUUCGUGAUGUAAGUGAACAGCCGGUCUCCUUCAGUAAGACACCAGGUAAUUUCCUUACUGAGAAAGUUACUUUGUUGGAUACAAGACAGUUCACAGGUGCUUUAUAAAUUGGAGCAAAAUAAAACCAAGCAAGAGUUACUUGAAAACUCAACUAAAAGGUGUCCUCUGGGGAUUUUACAACAAUAUAAAAAUUUCAUGUCAUCUGUAUGUGACAGACUUUUUGAGGUACUGUUUCCUGGUUCAUCACACCCAACCAGAUUAUCUGCACUAAAUAUUUUAGGAACAAUAUCAGUAAUAUUUUCUGUUCCAGAAGGAAGGAUAUUAAUGGUUUUUCAGCUGAAUCAGGAGAUUUAUUCUACUUGUGUCCAAACUUUGAUCCAGUGUUUUGCCAGUACUUUUGAGGAAGUAAAAGUUCUGUCAAGUGGGUUGUUGAUGAAACUACAUGAUGUUGCAUUUAAUUUAGAGUUGCAUGAUACAGCUGACAACUGA